AUGGGAGACAAUUGGGUCCGAGUGUCGAAUGGAGUUGAGGAUCCUGUCACACAUACAGCUUUUGCUCAAGACCAGGUGGUGAAAGUUAUAGACAGUGAAAAUGAUUGGUUAACUAUAGAAACAUUGGAAGGAGUGUCCGGGCGAGUACCCAAAAUAUUAGUUACUCCAAUAAGUAAUCCUCUGAGAAGCCCAGCAGAGUCUGCAUACUGUUCUAUUGCGCAGUUCGAUGCACAGAAUGACGAUGAUAUUUCAUUUCAAAUGUAUACUAUAUUAGUUGUCGAAUCUGUUGAAUCAGAAGGAUGGUUUAGGGGGAGCGUUGUCACAGAUACUGGGAAAAGGCUAGGUUCAAGUGGAACCUUUCCUGCAACAUUUGUGAAACCGUUGUCAGGAUUCCAAGCUCUUUCUCAACCUACUACAUCUAUACCAACGUCCUUCACAACAGAUUUUGCCAAUGAUGUUCGGUUCAGAGAUGGGGACGUUAUGCCAUAUGCUCGAGCUAUUUAUCCGUUCAAUGGGCAGUUUGAUAACGAGCUGAGCUUUCAAGCGGAUGACAUAAUUCAUUUAACUCGAAGAAUUGAUUCAGACUGGUUGGAGGGGACACUCAGUGGAAAAGCGGGGAUGUUCCCUGAAUCAUACGUUCAAGUUGUGGUUCCUCUAAAAGGGGAUAAUUCUACUAUUUCCGAUAAAAGAAGUAGUUCCGCUGGAGAUGGGAUCGGUUUUGCCAUCGUUCGACACGAUUUCGAAGGGCGACAGAAAGACGAGCUCUCCAUACACAUGGGGGAUAGUGUCCGCGUUCUCGAAAUGGUUAAUGCAGAUUGGGUAAAAUGUCGUGAUCCAAACACAGAAGUCUCUGGGAUCGUACCGAUUGCCUUUCUUGAAAUGUAUUUAGACGACGAAGAUGAUGAAAUCGGUAAUAGAAACAGCAAGAUUUACGGAGGGGAUCAAACAUUCGCUACUUUGAACGAUCAGUCCUUCACUCCACCCACAGCAGUACCCGAUUGGAGAACGUCUACUCGGAUUGAGCAACCUCCAAUCCCAGCUUCAGCUCCUACUAAGCAUGAAUGGGCAACUUUCGGAGAGACAUGGCUGGAACCUGAAAAGAAAAGCGCUCCUCCUGCACGUCCACCGCCUCCAAAAAAUACCGUUUUUGGAUCGGCUGAAGAACCCAUGCUUUCAGUGGAGGAAAUGUUCGGUAUGCCUCGUAAAGAUUCGCAGAAGCCUGUUGUUCCGAUUGAAAACUUAACACCUGAGUUGCAGAAGGAGAAACGAAACAAAGUGUUUGAAGAGCUGAUCUCAUCCGAGUUACAGUUUAUCACUGACGUUCAAGCUUUCUCGGAGGCUGUUGACAGUAACUCGCGCUUCAAUCAAAAACAGAAGGCGAUUAUGAAAAAUGGUUAUGCUCAGAUUACUCAAUUAGCUACUGGACUUGUUCAGAGACUAACCAAUGAGCAAUGCAAAGAAUGGGAUCAACAAACUAUUGGAUCUUGUUUCCUCGAUUUACGCAAACCCUUCGCGCAAACAUAUGGUUACUACUUCAAGAAUAUCGAGCACGUUAAUGCUCUAGUCAGCUCUUCCACCUCUGAUCCGAAAAUGGAAGACGCACUAUCUGAGUUGGUUGCCAAAAUGAGAAACAAUGGAGCCUCAUCAAUAGAUGCGGCUACUGCAGUGUCUCGUCCUAUUCAAAGAUGUGUCAAAUAUCCACUAUUUUUAAAUGAGAUAGCUAAGUAUACUCCCAUUCAUCAUCCUGAUCACCCAAAGCUUUUGGAAGCGGUUAAGUUGAUGUCAACCCUGGGUCAAAAGAUGAACGAAAGUAAACGUAGGAAAGAAUUAACUAGGAAAUAUAGCCAAGAGCAAUCCAGUUCCUCGUUUGGGGAUAUGAUUUCGAAGUUCACCGUUCACUCAAUCAAAAAGAAAUCAAACAGAUUCACCUAUCGUAUGGGGUCUUCUUUAGGUGUUGUGAAGCUGGCAAGAGAUGUAGAUUUUGAUUCGCUUGUAUCACAAUUGGAUGCAUGUGAGAGAAGUUUGGUACGGUUCAACUAUAUGCUAGUCAUCUAUAAGAAGAAGAUGUUCUUCGAAACGAAACAGCUUAUCCAAAAACGUUUAAUAGAAAUGAGAAAGAAACAAGUAUCGCUCGGUGGAAUCAACGUAGAGAGGCAAGUACAGCCAUUUCAUGAGGAAGUGAAACAUUUCGCCGAGCAGUUAAAUUCCAUGGUUAGGGACGAAAUUGUUAAGGCUUUGAGAGCUAUCCCCAAAAAGUUAAUUAAAAAGAGAAACGAUAAGUUAAUGGAUUGGGAAGCUGCUCGAUCCAGUAACAAACCCAACGCUAGCUCGAAAAAUCUGGACUUUGAGGCAUUGAAUGCACAAGUGAAACAGACUUUGCCGAAAGUCAUUGAAGUUCUUUUCAAGGUUUUGAAAGAUGCAAUGACCACAGUUCGACAAUUGGACGAUCACUUAACCACCCAAUUGAAAUCUAAGUACAAAGAUUAUGCAGAUGAUGCUGCUACAGAUCCAUAUCAACUACAAAGAUUAAUUGUACAUGGUAUUCCAUGCUUUGCCGCAUACUACGAUCCUGAUCGACUGCAGGGGCUGCAAUUUAUUGUCACCAGGGCUGAGCGCAAAAUGAGAGUUAAAGGAGCUGCUGUCGCAAAAGAAGAGAUUCCAAUCGACAUCGCUGAAGAAGCUCUUCCAGCAACUAACAAAGUAGCUUCUACAUCUACAGCUGCAGAUUUUGGUGGACGAGUGUUCCGCGCUCAAACGAUUGAAGAAAGGUUAUCAAUUUUGGAAAAAGCAGAAGCAAAAAAUAGGAAAUCUGACAUUUACAAAUGUAAUACGGCAUGGCCGUUAGACGACAAUGUCCUCGACAAGAGUAAGAAAACCGGUAAGAUGCUCAUCGUCAACGAAGGUGAUGCGGUGUUAGUUGUUAAAAAAGAAACCGCUUCUGUAUGGUUCUGUUAUAAUGGUUAUUACAAUGCUCGAUUACCAAGCACUGUUCUCACUCCUUGGUAUAAUACUACUGUCAUAGGCAGUUUAGACUCCUUCACCAACACCAAACCGCAAUCUUCCGCUAGUCUCAUAACGCGGCCUCAUAGCACUCCUCCUAAGCAACAAGUAACGAAUUUGAUUGACUUGGAUGAUUUUGUGGCUCCGAAUGUUACACCUAUAAUUCCAACUGCGAUAGCUCCAUUAGUUCCUACCCCGGUCGGAGCAGCUGCAUCAAUGCAUGCCUUAGCUGACCCACCGAUAAGAGUACAAGCUGUUCCUGUUAUGAACAAUCCUGUAUCUGUAUUUGAUGGCAUGCGCCCUGUUGAUUGGGGUAUUCUCGCACAAGCUCAAGCACCAGUUCCUUGGGAUGCUACCCCACAGCAGCGAACUCCAUCUUUGCCUAAUCUCACUCAGCACAACCCUAUGCAAAGUACAACUCCACUGUUUCCUGUUUCGUUUGAAGACUCACCAAAAGACCUUCCUUCUAUACCAGUAACCCACUUACCACCAACUCCUAAUACUUCUGUUACUCCACUAACACCAAAUCCUCCGGUUGAUAACUUCACUGCAUUUUGGGAACAGAUUAAAGAUCAACCGUUAAAUCAAGUUACGAUGAGAAGUGAAUCCCCGCAACCUAUUAUUCCUUCUCGCCCGCAGCCUAGCGCACUGAAUACUUUGAACCCCUUCUCCAAUGUUCCAGCUAUAAGCCCUCAAAUCCAACCAUCCUAUGACAUCGUACCAAAUAUGUCACAGUAUCAAGCACCUCUUUAUUCCAUUCCUCCAAGCAAUGAAUUAAACUUAUCUGCUGUACAACAGCAACACACAAUGAGCGCAGCACUGUACGAUAGUACUCCUGGUCCUGGUGUCCUUGGGCAAUAUGAUGCACCGCCUGCUGAAUCUUUUGGAGUUCUAGAUGGUAGAAAUAAAGCCGAGAUAGCAAAAGUAAAAGUCAAUUAUGAAUUCAAUCCUACUGGUCCAAAUCAAUUAGCGGUCAGAGCAGGUGAAAUUCUUUCGCUGAUCCAGUUGCAAGACGAUGAUGGGAAUCACGAAUGGGUUUGGGUACGCAGAGAUGAGACUUCCAACGGCUAUAUUCCUGCCGCAUAUUGUUCUCGAAUUUAA